UUGAAAUCAUGCCUCAAAGCAGCUUCUGUGUGUUAGCGGCAAAAAUACAUUCCCGCUAAUCUUGCUUGAGUCUGCAGCUCAGCCCACAUCCUACCCACUGUGAAAGAUCACCUGUCUUAAGAGGAAUGGAAGUCCUUGUCUUCAGGAUACUCCCGAGAAAGCGUGGCUUCCUUCCCUUUUUGGAGGCUGGGGUGGGAAUAAAAACCAUGAUCUACAGAAGGUCAGUAGUAGCUUUUGUAACUCUGAGGCAGAGCUGAGAGAAGUACCAGGAAGUUUGACUAAAAAAGCAACAACAACCUCAAGACCCAGUGAAAAAAAGGAUGGGCAAAGUGAGCACUUCCGACUGAAGUGUCUGCUGUUUCCCACCAGAUGUGCUGAGCUGGACAAGCAGAAGAAGAUCAAACUUGGUUCUGUAUGUUUACUGCAGAAGACACCUGUGCACUGUGCUGAUUGGCUUGGAAGCCUCUGCUGGCAUCCCCCCUCCACCCCUCCCUGAAGCAAUUUCUCAAGGGGCUGGUGAGAGGAAUUGGCACACAAGACCCAUGUGCUCUGGGCAGCAGACGGGGACCCAGCAGGCGAGAGGAGUGGCCUAACAGCCCACCCACCCGUCCUCCAGCCAUGGAGCAGAUCAGUCAGUUUUUCCACUCCAUCUGGACUUUCAUCCUCUCCAAACACCAGGAGGGGGUCUACAACACCGUCUGCCUGGCUGUGCUUCUGGGGCUGCCCACCCUCGUGCUCCUGCUCAGCAUCUUUGUCUGUUGCCACUGCUGUUUCUGCGGCGGUCGGAGGAAGGACAGCGGGAGCUACAGCACGAGUGAGAAGAGGAGAAAGAAGUUGAGGAGGAGAAAGAAGGAAGAGGACCUGUGGAUUUCUGCACAGCCCAAAGCGCUCGUGCUGGAAAAGAGGCCAUCGCUGCUGGCCUAGAGAAAGGGAGGGAUGGACAGGAGCUUGUGCAUGUUCACACACACACACACACCCCUUCUGUUAAAGGUUUCACAUUGCACUUUGGGCCACAUAGCCUAAGACUGAGGACAAAUCAUGCUGGCUCCCUCCCCUUUAAGCACUGAUUUUCAUCUUUUUCCUCCCUUUUCCUUUUUAUAAAGGUGUUUGGAUUGAAGAAGCUAUCUUGGCCCAUCACCGGGGUGAUCUGGGGAGUCUUCAGCUGGGCACACAUUUACAUGCACACUGCUGAUCACAAACAGGUGGCAUGAGCCAACAGCCAUGCCAACAGACAUACUAGUCCAAUGUGUAUAGAACGACUUGCUUGAACAGACUUGCCAGCCCUUUUUGCAGUUAAGGAACAGGUAUCUGUGACUCUUAAACAAGCCUUGGACUAGCACUAGCAAACUAUGUCCUGACAAACUUAUGUACUUAUAAACCAGCACUGUCACCAUAUGCCUACCCACAGGGACAGAGGACUUCUUCGAAAGGUGUUAUAUGGGCACUGGCUUAGAUGGCUUUAAGAGGGGAUUAGUGGGGCGGGACAAGGCCAUCAGUGGCUUUCCCCCUCAGUUUCUCAAAUUGGGUCUCCACUCUUGUUGCGCUACAACUCCCAUCAUCACCGGCCAGCAGGGUCAGUGGUCAGAGAGAAUAGUCCAACAACAGUGGGGAACCAGGUUUGAGAAACGCCGGCCUAAGAGAUAUUCUAGGUUUCAAGGUAGUGCAAGUCAUUGUACCACAUGCCGGGAGACAAAUAAUGAGAGAAGGCAGCAACCUUAACCCCUUGCCUGUGGGCUUCCUGGAAGCACCUUGCUUCUCCACUGUUGGAAACGGAUGUUGAAUUGGGUGGACCUUCGCCCUGACAAGAGUCCCCUAACUCUGAUGCCAGAUUUCACAAAUCCGCCACAAUAUCUGCCCCAAAGGCUAUAAUUAGGGCUUUGUGUACUAUUGUUGCCACAGAAUUCCAUAUAACCAAGAAUUUCAACGCUUCAAUGGGUUUUAGGUUUCUUGCCCACAGUCUCACGAGUCUGGUUAAAUCCUGCCUUGAGCAGGAUUUCUAGGCAGUGAGGUUCAGCACCUCCGUCCCUUCCUCAGCUUUAGAAGUGGUGUCUCCAUUUCCGUCUUCAUCCCAAAGCUUCCUUUCCUUUCUGAUCCUGGACAGAGUUUCUUCCCAGGUUCCACACAGCAGAUCAGAGCCUCCCUCAAGCCCAUAUCUAACUCCCUGGAGUUACUGGCUGUCGCCUAAGAGCAAACCCCCCUGGAUACGGUAGGACCUGCUUCUGUGUAAACGUAAAUGGGAUAGAGCUAUGAAACUCGUUUCUAUGAGGGCUUCAUACCCAUCAGCACAUCCAGGAAUUUGGGAGAAAUUUCAACUUGGGCCAACAUUCCAGGUCAUCUGUAGAUGGAAUGCUAAUGAAUUCUCUGACAAGGCAAUUGCUGGUGUAUUUUUAGAUACCCCCAGGCUUAGGCAGUGGUGUGACUAACUGCCUUUCUUUCAUCAAUACUUGUCCUGUGCCUUGUUUUUGUAUAUGCAUUCCAAGGUUGUCCUUAUAUUGCACAGUUUAUGCACACAUGCAAAACAAAAAACAAAAAAAGCACCCAACCCAACAAGCCUUUUAUUUAAAAAAUAAAUUUAUUUAAAUGAAACUAACCUGAUUAUUUAUUGUGUCUCAGCCUCUACUUCUCAUUUACUGGGUGGGAGAGAAAAGAAAAUUAUUAUUUUACUGGCCGCAGGGAAGCGGUUUGCACAGAGAUGAAAAGGGAGCUGAAAUGCUUCUCUUUUCUUUGCUGAAAUCUGAGGACAAUCACAAAAGCUCUCGUCCACAGAUUCAGGCCUGCACAAAUUAUAACCUACCAAGCAUAACACCCAGUUGUUGUGUUGUGUGCUGGGUGCUUCACACACACACACACACACACAGAGAGAGAGAGAGAGAGAGAGAGAAUUUGUAGCUUUUAUUUGGUAAGGCAAGUGGUACAGGCCUGCCUAGUUCUUGUUAGUCAGCUGUUGUACCUACAAGUGGGACUGCCUGGCUAAGCAAGCAAUGAAGCAGAAGCCUAAACAAUUACUCAGGAGUAAUUCCAACUGAAUUCAAUGAGACAUUCUCUUGUGCAUUUUAUAGCCUUAUUCAUUACUAGUAACACCCCCACCCCCAAUCUAGUUGCCCAAGUACUCUGGGUGGCUGUCAACAUAAUAUAAAAGAACACACAGUACACCAGACAUUAAAAGCUUCCCGACACAGGGUUGCCUUCAGCUGCCUAUGGAAGGUUGUAUAAUUGUUUAUCUGUUUGAUGUCUGAAGGGAGGGUGUUCCACGGGGAGGGCGCCACUACCGAGAAGGCCCUUUGCUUGGUUCCCUGUAACUUCCCUUCUCGCAGUGAGGGAAUUGCCAGAAGGCCCUUGCUGCUGAACCUUAGUUAAGUGGGGGGUCAACUUAAAUUGAGUGAUGGAGUUAAGGACAUAGCUGUUUAACUUUUUGAGACUGCUGUGGUGCCAUUUCUGUCACAGUAAAUGAAAAAAUACUACAGAUGGCCUAGCUUCUUAUUAAGAGUGGUUUUCCAUACUUGCUUCCAUUGUGUUACCUCACAAAAAAAAGCACAGAUACAGAGAUUUUGGAUAUGUAGCUACAUAAAUGUAAGCAGUGAGUCAAUUAAUUUAGUCAAUAAGAUAAUUCUUUCCAUUCUGGCAGCAAUCAUUCCAAUGGUUUAUUACCAAUAUAUUGGUGGGUGGAAGACUGCAACCACUAAAUCUUCCGAAUCAUCCCUGUCAUGCAACCAAUUCCUGUGCUUUGGAAAAGCUUAGCAACUGGUCAAUUGCACUUAUAUACCGCUUUUGUACUAAGGCACCCAAGGCGGUUCACCGUUUUAAAGGACUAAAGCAGAUGGUACAACUUGUAAAGUUGUCAGGCAAGGGAGGGGACAGUGUGACUGAAGCAAGCCUUGAUGUCUGUGCCUGCCUUCCUCCUCCUCCUCCUCCUCCUCCUCCUCGCCCUUACGGCACAAAUGCUCAGGUGUGGCCGUGCCUAGCACACUGGCAUAGUCACAAAUCAUCACAUCAGUGCAACAUCACAACCACAAUGUGCGAUUCUUGAUUUGCUGCAGCAACCCCUGCGCCCGGGUCAAAUUGGUCUACUUGCUGUUACAGAUCAUCUUCUCUUAGCUUAUCUUACAGGUAUUACUCUAAAGCAGGCAUCCCCCAACUGCGGCCCUCCAGAUGUUUUGGCCUACAACUCCCAUGAUCCCUAGCUAAGAGGACCAGUGGUCAGGGAUGAUGGGAAUUGUAGCCCAAAACAUCUGGAGGGCCGAAGUUUGGGGGUGCCUGCUCUAAAGUGUAAAAUGUUUUGUCAAAACAGAGCAUGUGGGCGGACACCGGCCAACUGAGUUGGGUGCCUUUCAGAUUCGAGAAACCAUGUAAGUUCACCAGGUACACCGGCUUCAACUAGAUGUGUGCUCCUUUUUAUGUUCUGUGUAGAUUGGAUUUCAUAAAGAACUCUAAGAAUAUGAUUUUUAAAAAUCUUUAUUUAUAAGUAAUAAGGAUCUUCCCAGGA